CAAUCUCAUUCUCUCCAUUAUCAAUAUCAUCAUUAUUAUUAUUAUUACUAUUAUCAUUAUCGACGAUGAGUUCAAAUAAUUCAAAUGAUCAAUCGAUUUGGGAAAUAUUAGAUGCACUUGAAUCGAAAAUGAUAGACUCAUUUCAUUCUACUUCUGAUUUAUUGAUGCCACAAAUCAUUGAAACUUCAAAUCAACUUUAUACUCAAAUCGAAUCUAUUUCAAAACAAGCUUAUGAAAAAUCAAUCGAAUUAGGUUCUAAAUCUGAUUUACUUUCAAAUAUCUUAUCAACCUCAACCAAUGAAUCACCAAUCAUCAAGACCAACAAUCCGAUGAUGUCUAAUCCUGAUUUACAAAGUCAACCUUCAAUCUUAAAUCGAAUCUUUAAACCCAAGAAUUUGAUCAUUACCGCUGGAGUUUGGUUUACGUCUACUUUAGCUUUACGUCUUUUAGUUUCAUCUGAUUCUUUUCAACAUUUUCUUCAAGAUCAUCCUAACCUUCGUAGUACAUUACCCAGAAUCCUACGUACUAGACGUAAGAAAACUAGUCAUAUCAUUCGACCUAGAUAUUCAACAGGUGGUAAAACUCGUCUUGAGGCCAUCAUAGUCUUAUGUGCUGAUCCUGGAACGAUUGGAUCUCAAUUAGCUAUUGAACUUGCAUCUGUUGGGUAUAUUGUGAUUGCGAGUGUGAGUGAUCCGGUUCAUGUGAGUUCAUUAGAACGUGAUGGAUUGGGUUGGAUUAAAGCUCUUGUAUUAGAUCCUACUAGACCUGAACUUGCACCUGCUUUUACUCGAUCACUUGCAUCUGCUCUUAGUUUAAGAUUUCCACUUCAUUCAGCUGGUGAUGCUUUUAUGGGAGAUGGAUCUCACUCUGCACUCGUAGGAAUGGUCAAUUGUUUUCCAAUUAGUAAUCUUGAUGAAUUGAGACCUGUUGAAACUAUGGAACCUACAACUGAAUUAAUCCCACAUUUGGCUAGUACUGUUGGUAUCAGUUUAGAAGUGGUUAAAGUAGUACUUCCUAUGAUGCGUAACUCGAUUGAAAAAUCUGGUGGUGAAGAUGGUGUGAUCUUGACUUUAUUUCCUACGAAGACGAGUAGUGUGGCAUUACCCUACCUUUCAUCCUCAGUAAUAGUGAACCAAGCUCUAGAAACUCUAAUGACCACUUUACGAAGAGAAAUCUUAAUUUGUGAUUCACCAAGUAAACAACAAAUCCGAAUCAUCAACGAACGAAUCGGUCUUUUCAAACCACCUUCACAUUUCCCACGUACAAUCUCAGCUUUACCUACUUUACCCGCUCAUCUUCAUCCGAUCUAUGCUCCAUCUUUAUCAAGAAGAUUAGGAUUUCUUGCGAUCCCUACUAGUUCUUUAUCUGUUCAUUCUCUUAAUGGUACACCACUUUCAAAUCUAUUUCAAAGAGUCAAAAACAUCUUACAAUCUCCUAGUAUCAAUCAUGGUUCAUUUACUUCUACUGGUAAACAAGUUAUGAUUUAUAAAACAAUCGGUAGUUUUAUACCUGAUAGUCUAAUCGAAUUAUGGUUAAGGAUUGUAGAAAGAAUGAAUGGUUGGGUUAGAAGAAAAGUUUCAAAUGAGAUUGAUUUAGAAAGUUCGGAAACUUUGGAACAAGUGAUUGGUAAACGAGAUUUUAGUCUUGGUAGUGGUUGGAAGAAUAAAGUGUUUAAUGGGAUCGGAGUAGAGAAAGAAAUUGAAGAGAUUGUUGAAGCUCCAGCUGUUGUAGAAACUACAGAAGUCGUAGAAGCUCCAGAAGUUGUCGAAACCCCAGAAACUGUGGAACCUUCAGCACCUUCAGCACCUUCAGAAGCACCAGAAGCCGCAGAAGAAACUGCACCGGAACCUACACCAGAUGAACCUGCACCAGCUGAACCUGCACCAGUAGAAACUGAAGAGUCACCAUCAGAUACGAACCUUGAAACAGGCAGUUGUGUAGAUAAAGGAGAAACAACGGAAGAAAUGCAAGAAAGUUUUGUAGGUAGUGAAAUUGAUUGGAAAGCAGAAGAAAAAGAACCAUCUUCUGAUGAAACUAAGGUAGAAGAGGAACAAAAAUAGAUAUGAAAUUAAUCAUGAAGAAGAAAACUGAUUAGGUCGUUUUACUAGAAAGAAAAAAAAGAAAUUGAGAAAAAAGGAUCAGUAUUAGGAUUUGAAAUUGUGGGUUUUUUUGCAAAGUUUUUUUGUGCGGGGUUUUGUAUAUUGUAUGAAAGAUAAUUAGGUUUAAAAAACCUUUGAACUUUGGUUGAUGAUUGAUGAUUGGUGAUACUAAAUUCAAAUAAGAAAAUUGAAAUUGAUGAAUCAUGAUGAAAUUGUAGAAAGGGUGUUUUUGUUUGCAAGGUUUGAAGAAUGUUAAGUAAAUUAAUGAUGGUUUUUUUUACAAUUGAAGUUUGUAUCUAUCCUAUAAAUGAUAAUGAAAAAAGAUUCUUUGAUUUGGUUU